UUAAACAAUAGACCUAAUUGCAAAGAUCUAUAGCACAAGUACUUUGCAAUGCUAUUCCAAAUGCUUUAAUGAGAUGCCAAGGUAGAUAAACAACAGAGAUCUCAGACUCAUUCAACCAUUCCAAAAUACUUCCUUCGUUGUUAUGUAUCCCCAAGCUCCCCGGCCCAAGCUAUUUUUCCUGAUAAUGUUGUUUUGGUCACUCUCACAAAUGACUGAGUGAGAGCAUUGGGUCUCCAAUAAUUCAAAAUUAGGGUCUAUCGCAGCCAUUAGAUCACAACACACUGCCCUAUUAACUUCAACGGUUUAUUCAAGCUGAUUGAUCUCCAAAACACUUCCAAAACAACGACCCAAACCAUCUCAAAGCACGUACUACACCACCGUGUUAACCCCUUUUAUCACCUAACACCAUCUCAAGUUACGUCCAGCGUGUACCUCCUCCCACUGUAAAACUGCUCGCAUUCCGACCUAGCUUCACCGCUGUACCGGCUGAACCCGAACCUCUGCAACGACCUUGCCAUGUUCGCAUGUUUGUUACCAACAGUCCACCCUUUGUCCCAAGCAUUUUGCCGACGUCAGCGGAAACCCAUUUCUCGAAAGAGAGGUAUGCGCCACUCAACGGCACACGCCACAGGCCGCCCCACUUCAACAACAGUGGCUGGCGCUGACGCUUUAGUUCACGAUGAAGUGUCGCAUCUUUUGCGCGGUACUGCUAGGUACGCUCCUAGCACCUUUCGUCCACUCGUGGGACCUACGCACGAUUGGGAUCGAUCGGUUCCGCGUGCGGCACGUUUCACUGUAUCACUCGAGGGCGUUCCUAACGAUUGAGUCAUCGAACGUGUCGCUGGUGGAAGCGAGCUGGCCCGAAACCGUCGGCUACCAGUGGUCGCGCGUGCUCUCAACCGACGGCGAUGAACGAGGAUCGUGCCGCGGGUUGACGAACGUGCUGGGCACUGAUAUCGAUCGGUUGGCACGGCUGUGGGUGCUGUGUGGCGCUGGGGAGAACGCCUGCCCCCCGAAGCUGGUCAUCCGUAGCUUGCUGAGUCCGGGCACGGGUGAGAUCCAGCACCGAUUUCCCACAGCUGACGCUGAGCAACAACGGUUCCAUGCGAUCGUGGUCGACCCGGUACCGGCAAGCGACGGUGACACACGUGCGUUCAUCACGCUGUUCGAUCAGGACUACGUGCUGCUGUACUCGCUGUUCAAACGCUCCAUCGGCAAGCUACAAUUUCAAAAAAGCGACCAAACCUCACUGCAUCCGAUCUCACUGUCCGAGGUAACGGUCAACCUGAACCGGCUGUACGUGGCCGACACGGUGAGCGAUCGGCUGUUUGCCCUGCCCAUCCGGAACCUGCGCCAGCUCGCCUUCCCGGAGGACGGUGUGCGGAAGAUUAUCAUGAAAACGAACGUCACCUAUCUCGGGCGGCUGCUCGGGCGGCCCGCCGGGCUGACUCUGGAUUUCCGCAACAAUUUGCUGUAUGUGCUGCAACGUGACGGUGCGAUCGUGAAGUGGACGCCGGGCCGCUCGCUGAAGGCCGAGAACCAUCGCGUCAUUCUCCAGCAGGGCACGAACAUUACGCAGAUCAUUCUUGGAAUUGGUGGCAAAGCGUGGGCCGUAUCCGGGGAGUACAUAUCCGAGGCUUCCAGGCGGCACUGUCUGAAGAUCGUUGUUUAGGAAGACUGCUGUCGAAAAAAGGGAAAGAAAACUGUGAUAAAGCGUAAAUAAAGUGUGUUUGUAGAUUAAACAGAUGUGCCAGAAGAAAUUGGAA